GGUACUAGUAAUGCAUUCCUUUACCAGCUGGCAGAGAGCCUUCCUUUUCCGAUUCUCUAUUUCCUUUCCUCAUUCCCAAUCUCCGAUCCAUCCCUAAAAACAACUGACGAGAGAUUGAUGAUGAUGAUGAUGAUGAUGAUGAAGAUGCCUUGGAGGAGGAAGAGCAGGAGCUUCCAUCUUCAGCUACAAGGGGCAAUUGGUACCAUUCAAUCUCCAUUCCUAUUCUUAUUUACCAAUUAUUGCCAUUCUUCUACUUCCACACUUGAAGAUGCACGCUUCUUGACAAAUAACUUCAAAUCUGCUUCUUUUACCCACCUUGAUGAUGCCAUUGCUUCCUUUAAUCAUGUAAUUCAUAAGCAUCCUCUUCCUUCUAGGGCUCAAUUUAGUAGAUUCUUAUCUGCCCUUGUGAAAAUGAAACAAUAUCACACUGUCCUUUCCAUGUCCAAAACAAUUGAAUUGGUAGGGAUCUCUCACGAUGUUUAUUUUCUUAACAUCUUAAUUAAUUGCUUCUGCCACUUACAUCUUGUGGAUUUUGGCUUCUCUGUUUUUGGUAAGAUGCUCAAAUUCGGAUUGGAGCCUACCACUGUGACAUUUAAUAGCUUAAUUAAUGGGCUUUGUAUGGAGCGUAAAAUCGAUAAAGCGGUGGAAUUUUUUGAUGAUAUGGUUGCACGUGGUUAUCAACCUAAUAUUCGUACUUUCAAUGUGAUAGUAAACGGAAUGUGUAAAUUUGGGAAAACAAACGUGGCUAUUGGGCUGCUAAAGGGAAUGGCUGAUAGAGGUUGUGAGCCAAAUGUUGUGACAUACAGUGCAAUCAUUGACGCCCUUUGCAAGGAUGAGCUAGUUGGUGAGGCUUUAGAGCUCUUCUCUCAAAUGAGGAAUAAGGGCAUUUCACCUAAUGUCAUCACUUACACUGGUUUAAUUCACGGUGUUUGCAAAUUAGGCCAAAAGAACCAAGCUUUGGCCUUGAUGAAUGAAAUGGUGGAGCAGAACAUAUCACCUGAUGUUUAUACCUUCAAUGUAUUGAUUGAUGCUCUUUGUAAGGAUGGAAUGGUUUCAGAGGCUCAAAAUACAUUCAAUAUAAUGAUUCAAAGAGGUGUAGAGCCUGAUGUGGUCACCUACAAUUCCUUAAUUGAUGGUCUUUGCAUUUCAGACCAAUUCAAGGAAGCUUUGGCCUUGUUGAAAGAAAUGGUGGGGAGGAACAUAUGCCCUAAUGUUUUUACCUUCAAUAUAUUGAUCGACACUCUUUGUAAGAAAGGAUUGGUUUCAAAUGCAGAGAAUAUAAUCAAAAUAAUGAUUCAAAGAGGUGUGGAACCUGAUGUUGUCACUUAUAAUUCAUUGAUGGAUGGAUAUUGUCUGUGCAAGCAAAUUGAUAAGGCUAGAAAGCUAUUUGAUCUGAUGGUGACCAACGGAAUAGCUGACAUUUUUAGCUACAACAUUUUGAUCAAUGGAUAUUGCUAUGUUUCAAGCAGGGAGGCCCCAAACUGCAAAAGAGCUCUUUAAGGAUAUGUGCUCUCAUGGUCAACAGCCAGAUAUAGUAACCUUCUCAAUUAUGAUUGAUGGCUUGUGUAGACAGGGGAAUCUCGAUGAGGCACUCACACUAUUGACAGCAAUGGAGAAAAGUCAGUUGAAGCCUAAUGUUGUGAUCUAUAG